UGAAUUUCACAAGUGCCAAAUAAUGUGUACGGAUAUGACGACGCUGUUCAUUGCUUCUGAGACGAGGGCUUCAACCAAUCAGACGUCUCUUGUCUACUGUGGCUAAUGGUACUGAUACGAUAGUAGAUAGCAGUUUUAGGAGGGGCGGAUACAUUGACACAUUGUCUGGCAAUCUUGACAUAAAAAGUGGAUGCCUCUAUGCUACAGCGAAAUAUACCUCUUCCAAUUUGCACAAGACUUCAGCCAUGGCCACGACAGGCACAGGCGCAGCUGAGCCAAACCGGCCAGGCCCCCAGAGGAAGAUGUCCACAACAGGGGAGAGCUUGUACAAGGUGCUAGGCCUGGAGAAAGGAGCUUCCGCUGAGGACGUCAAGAGAGCCUACAGGAAACUAGCGUUAAAGUACCACCCAGACAAGAACCCAGACAACCCGGAGGCUGCAGAUAAGUUUAAAGAGAUCAACAACGCCAACUCCAUCCUGAACGAUGACGGCAAGAGGAGGAUCUACGACGAGUACGGCUCCAUGGGCCUCUACGUGUCCGAUCAGUUUGGAGAGGAGAGCGUCAAAUACUACUUCCUCAUGUCCAAGUGGUGGUUUAAGACCAUGGCCGUGUGCUGUACCGUCUUCUCCUGCUGCUGUUGCUGCUGCUGCUGCUGUUUCUGCUGCGGGAAGUGCAAACCGCCGGAGGAGGAUGAUCACUACCAGUACGUGGACCCAGAGGACCUGGAGGCACAGAUCAAAGCUGAGACGGACGGAGGUCCACGUGCCCCUAUCGUGAUCCAGCCACAUUCCAUCGCCAUCGAGGUUCCAGAGACCUCCCAGCCUGCAGCCAGCCAGCCCACCUCCAAGCCCCAGCAGUGACCCUUCCCUCUCAGUCCUAUCUACCCGCUGGAGCCCUCCUCUAUGGCGGGCACGGCCAGGCCCCUGAAGUCCCCACACUGGAGCCCCCAGCAGCCAGCCAGGCCAGACGUCACCAGUGCCAGUCAACCAGCCAGCCAGUCAACCCCCCAUACUGUGGUACAGGUCUAACUUAAUGGACAUGAGCGGCAGGCUGCCAAGAGACCAGGUCUCCUUAUGACAUGAUAUGUGUCUAUCUAUCCACCAAACUGAGGAUUGGAACACACUCUGUCCUAUCCCCCCUUCAUUUUGUCCCUCCGUUUCUAUCCUCCCUCGUCUAUUUCCCCACCCCCCUUUCUCUCUCUUGUCUCUGUUAGAAAGCUGUGGGAUUGGAUACUCUUUUUAAGUUCAGUCUGAGUUUUAAAUGGCCAGGGCCAAACAUUCCACCUCCCGGAGACUAAAGCAUGGAUCAGAGGAAGUAAAGGCUCCCAAACAAAUUGCAUGUGCUUCGUUUUAACUGCAUGCCCCCAUUGUAUAGCACUGGCAAAUACAUACCCCAUGCAUCCACACCCCUUUACUACAGCCACCACCCCACCUCUGCCAGCGAUACCGCCAGCUGCAGGUGCACCUACAGUAUGCCACACAACCAGGGGUCUCCCAUCCACCGCCACCUGAAAGACACCCAAGAGUGGGGCUGACUACAGUAGACAUUCAAGAACAGUGAAAAUGUGGGGUGGAUAAAACAAGGAACAUUUGUUGAUUGCUUAAUUUAAUAGCUAACUGUCACAAUUAUGUUAGACCAAAGCCAAAUUAGAUGCCACUCACUCCAUGUGUUCCAACAGUCGGCUCCCAAAGAGACGUUUCUCCUCAUGUCACUAGAGCCAACCUGAGAGGAUUGUUUCGUUGAGGUGUAUGUAUGCAUUUGGGUCUACUAUGCAGUUUUGAAACCUGUGAAGUGGGUAAUGAUCAUUUCCAAUGGACUGUUGGCUAACAUGGGUCCAGCCAACUGCUUACUGAAACCCACAGUCAGCACAAUGCUCUCUGUAUUGGGUGGAACUAACUACUAGCAACAGCUAGCUAACUGCAACCAAACUACUUAUCAAACGUCUCCCAUCUCAAAUGGUGGUUUUGCUUUGCAUUCUCCUCAUAGUCUGAUGUAACAUGGAGAUACAGGGGAGGGGGUAUGUACUGUAGGGGUCUGUUUGACCCAGCCACUAAGACCAUAUCCUACAUGACUACUGUGUUCUCUGUACUGCCUACAGAGAGAUCCCAUCACUGAAGAUUUUAGACUUUUCAUAUGUUGAUUUGACUUACUUUUAAGAAGUAACACACCAGGCUGUUUUCCAUGGGGUUUUGGUGGACUGAUUGCCAUGUUUAUUGUUUUCUGGGCUGAAGAGGCACAUGACUACUAGUCUCAGUGAUGAGAUGAUGCAAUGUCCCACAGCAGGGUUAGGAACUGUACAGAUCACCCAACCAGCAGUUUGUCUGUACUGAAGUACAUCUCUCUUUAUAACCCUGGGGGUGCAGAGUCAGGGGUUUCUCAAUGUUGUGUAGUCAGAAUAGUGAAAAUAGUGAAGUGAAUGAAUGUCAUAUUGUCAUUGAGAGUCAGUCAAGUCCCAGGUGUGUGUGUGUGUGUGUGUGUGUGGAGCAUUGUACGAAAUCGUUAUUGGUUUGUUCAUGUAGUGCUGAGGUCAGUCGGCUAGUACAUGGUGUUAACCACCUUAUGUUUUGGCCGAAGAACAACCCUGAAGUUAGGCUAAACUAAAAGGAUGUCAUCAAAUGAUGUCAAGCAGCCAUUUUAUAUUUUGUAGCUCUCUCCUGAGUGUUUACAUAGAAAUGAUCUAUUAGCAGCUUCAUUUUCUUACUGGAAUUAUAGCACCUUUUCUCACCUCUUCAUUUCAGUAAGUUUAUAGCCAAAACCCUCCUUAAAUUGCAGUCUGUUGGUUGUGUGUUUUCACAAACCAUAAUAAACAUAACAGUAUCUACCCAGGGCUCAGAGAGGAGAAAUACUUUAUUUAUUCUGGUGAUCCUUAUCUGCUGUAAUAAUAAUCACAACCACAUGUCACAUGCAAAUAACGUUGUUUGAGAAUCCCUGUAAAUGGGAAAUGUUUUAACAAUCAACCCCAUUUUAAAUGGUGUACAUUGUCAUUUAUUUAUUUAUUUAUGUCAAACCGAAAGAGCUGUUUUAAAAAAACACGUUGACAGUUGGGAAGAGCGGACCCUAGACUAGCCAAAGUGGUCCUCCCAAGGGUCUGGGCAACUGGUUGACAGAGGAGCUAAGCUAUGUCCUAACUGGCUAGGCCACCAUAGCUCUGGUCUACAGUAGCAGGCAGGCAGACAGUGAGUAUAUAUCUAUCUGCUCGGUUGUCCCAAUGUCAUCACUCCAUGUCAAUGCUUUCAUUAUGUCAUUCAUUAUUCACCAUGAUGUCUUCAUGGACAAAAAUGAUCUGUAAAUGUGUAUUUAUAUAUAAUGAAAUUGAAACAAUUAAAAGAAGGGGGAUUUGUACAAUGUUUGUCUUC